AUGAAGACGUGCCGUCUGCUGUGCGCCCUGUUGGUGCUCGCCCUGUGCUGCUGCCCUUCAGUAUGCGUUGCGCAGGAUACUGAAAAGGUUGAAGAGUCUGCCAAGACGACUACGACCACAACGACGACUAUGCAGCCACCGGACCCUAAAACUAACCCUAAAGCUGGUGCUCAAGCAAAUUUAGGUGUCACAAUUUCAUCGUCCUCCUCAACAGAGGGAAUGGAGGGGAAGGAUCAGCCAAGUCCGCACGCACCGCCAGUGAAUAAGCCGGCUGAGAAGCCAGGAGAAGAUGCCGUAGCGGGAAAAAGUUUGACCGGUACGACAGGGUUACAAAGUGACACUAAUAAAUCUGCAGACCACACAGAUAAGGAAGACGAAGAACCCGCAAAGACGACCACGACCACUACGACAAAGGCACCAACUACAACCACUACAACUACGACUACGGAGGCGCCAGCCACGACGACCACCCGCGCACCGUCACGUCUUCGCGAAACCGACGGCAGCCUCAGCAGCUCUGCGUGGGUGUGUGCCCCGCUGCUGCUCGCCGCAUGCGCGCUGGCGUACACCGCUGUGGGCUGA